AUGUGUGUGGCGUAUACUGGAGCUGUGCUUCCUUUACGCUAGAGCUACAUUUGUGUCUGGCAGAUGAAUCAGAGGGCUUCACUUUAACAAGGGCGGCUGGUUCGAGUUGGUGAAACGGAGAGGAACCGCUUUGAAGAAGUGGAUCGGGACUGGUUUAAUGCACCCUCCCUCUUAAGAACUACUACAAAGGGAGUGUACAAAGAGAGUUCCGCUGCGUAAACCGACACCGACCAUCGUAUCGCUCGCUCUUCCAGCCGUCAAAGAAAAAAAGCAUGGGUGAAAACAAAGGGAACUGAGAGUCUUUCUUUGAGAAAUUUUGGGAUUUCUUGUUCACGUUUCGAAAUGAUGCCGUUAUAAGACGACGCGCUGUGUUUUCAUGCGUUUUGGACGCGCUGACAGCCCGUGUGUGUUACGCACUGACUCACCAAAGGAGCUGUUUUGAAUCUGGAUCAUCCGCGCCUCAUCGUCCAAUCAGAAUCUGCAUUCCGUGGAGUGAAAAAGCGAGUGGGACCGGUGAAAUGGUCUGGGCCAAAGUCCUUCUUGUGAUGUUCAUGAUAGGGUUUGAAAAGGGGAUUUGCGUUAACUGGAACCCCGUUCCACGCAAGACAGUUAAAUAUAAUGAUGUGCAUGACAGUAUGGCGAGGUUUCACUCUAUUGGGGUGUGGAACUACACCACGCUGACCCUGGCAGAACAUGAAAGAGUUUUGUACGUGGGAGCCCGAGAGCACAUCUUCGCUCUGGAUCCCAAUGACAUCAGCCGACAGCUCCGACCGCAGAUUGAGUGGUCUGCUCCUUUGGAAAAGAAAAAAGAGUGUGCAGCGAAGGGGAAGAAUAACCAGACUGAGUGCUUCAACUACAUUCGCUUCCUGCAGAGCUACAACCACACUCACCUGUACACAUGUGGAACAUAUGCCUUCCAGCCCAAAUGCACCUACAUUAAUGCAGAUCACUUCACUCUGGACAGCGCCACCCUGGAGGACGGCAAAGGAAAGUGCCCUUACGACCCUGCCAAGGGUCAUACAGGCCUCAUUGUAGACAAAGAGUUGUACUCCGCCACCCUUAAUAACUUUCUGGGCACUGAGCCCGUGAUCCUAAGGAACCUGGGACAGCAACAUUACAGUAUGAAGAGUGAAUACCUACCUUCCUGGCUCAAUGAGCCAAAUUUUGUGGGAUCAGCGCUGGUCCGGGAGAGCCGGAACAGUAAAGAUGGAGAUGACGAUAAGAUCUACUUCUUCUUUAGCGAGAGAGCAGUGGAGCUGGACUGCGACAGUGAUCUGACAGUAGCACGGGUGGCACGUGUUUGUAAGGGAGACCUGGGGGGCACACGGACCCUGCAGAAAAAGUGGACCACCUUCCAGAAGGCUCAGUUAAUGUGCUCUCUCCCAGAGCGUCACAUCACCUUUAAUAACCUGCGGGCCAUCUUUACCCUGCCUGGAGCGGACUGGAGGAGCACUAGUUUCUACGGAAUCUUCCAUGCACAGUGGGGGGAUGUGGAUGUGUCUGCUGUGUGUCAGUACCAGAUUGGGGAGGUGAAAACAGUGUUUGACGGGCCGUAUAAAGAAUACAGGGAGUCGUCUCAGAGAUGGGGCCGGUACACUGGCACCGUGCCCAGUCCACGACCUGGAGCGUGUAUUACAAACUUUGAUAGAGAAAAUGGCUACAACAGUUCUCUUCAGCUGCCUGAUGCUACUCUGAACUUUGCCAAAAAGCAUCCACUAAUGGAGCUGAAGGCGGAAGCUCGCCCCCUGCUCCUUACUAAAGGGAUUAACUUCACCCGCCUCGCUGUGGACAGAGUGAGCUCACUGGACCAAAGAUCCUACAACAUGCUCUUCAUAGGGACAGCGGAUGGAUGGCUGCAGCGUGUUGUGAUUUUGGGUUCAGAGGCCCAUGUCAUUGAAGAGAUCCAGCUGUUUGAUCGACGGCAACCAGUGGACAGCCUCACCAUCUCUCACAGCAAAAAGUAUUUGUACAUUGGCUCACGCUCUGAGGUUCUUCAGCUGCCCUUGGCCAACUGCAGCCGGUAUCAUUCUCAGCCAGACUGCCUGCUAUCCAGAGACCCGUACUGUGCCUGGGACAGCGAGGGACGCGCCUGCGUCCGCAUCGACCUCCACCGCGGCUCCACAUCCACACUCUCCCAGGACCUCAUGCUGGAGAGGUUCAACCGAGGAAAAGCCAAGUUUGACAAGCCGGCCUCCAUCCCCAGCCCUGAUCAUUCUAGGUUGAGAAAUGUCACAGUGGUCGUUGGAUCAGAUCUGGUGCUACCUUGCAAUCUGGUUUCUAACUUGGCUCAACCCUUCUGGGAACUAAAUGAACGCGAACUCGCUCUGGUAGAAGGUGAGGCCAUGGGACCAAGAUUCGACCGAGCCCUUCGCGCCCUUGUUAUCCCCCAAGCCGGUUCCCUUCAAGCAGGCCGCUACAUCUGCUACUCAGAGGAGCAGGGAGUGAAGUUCCAGAUGGAAAGAUACCAGGUCGCAGUGGUGGCCAGCGCGCCUGUCUUCAUGGAGGCCCGCGCGCCUGACGGCAGCAUGGGUUUAUUCUGGGUACUUGUGAUCACCUUGGGUGCUGUUUGUCUGUUGCUGCUUAUUGCUUCCCUGUACCUUCGUAGAAGACUGAAGCUAGCCCUAGGCAAAGGGGCUGAGAUGAAGCCACUGGAGAGCACCUUAGUGUACCCCAUUACCUUACCCAAAGAGCCAACCAGCCGCCCGCCAUUUGUGCCCAGCAAAAUGGCCAAUGAUGAUGACCGCUUCUGGGAGACUGGGGCUAAUUAUUACUAUUCAGAUGGGUCCCUGAAAAUUGUGCCCGGGCAUGCCAUGUGCUCUACCGGCAGCUCAGCCUCUCCAAGCACCAUUCCAGGUCAGCCUAUUCACUCACCAAGUAGAUUAAGCCUCACCAACAUCCGAAACUCAGGCACCAAUGGAUACAUCCGCCUGAAUUUAAGCACUGCCGGGGAGGAGAGAGGGAGCGGGGGAACAGGUAUGGGCAUGGGGAGCGGACUUGGGCUGGGCAGCCGAGAGAACGACUACUCUAGUCCAUUUAAAGAGGAGCUCCGGAGAACUCUGCAGCAGAGAAGCGUCCUGCCCGAUGCCAACCCCGAGGAGUCUUCUGUGUAGAUCUUAUAGAAUCCACAGAAUACCUCUCCUACCUCCCUCCUGCUUGGGGAACUUUCUCUCCAUCCGUCUCUUCUCUUCUUGCGAACUAUUCCUUCUCUGCCAACACUUUUGCCAUGGCAAACAUCUUCUGUGCCGCAAGGCCACCAUGCUUCACAACACUCCCUCCGAUUAUUCUGGUUCUCACACUUCUAACACUCAAAGUUGCUCUUAGAAUGAGCCUCAACCAAGACUGAAAAAAUCUUACAAACCUUUUGUAAAUGUCUGUAUUUAAAGGACCAGACAACAGGGCCUUGUGUUGAGCAUGGCUAACAGGCAAACACAGGUACAUCUCCAAGAGGAACCCGACGAGCCAAAUGUAGCUAUCAGUCUGUUCUGUGUAAGGCAGAGUCUGGCAACAGAUCAUAGUCAUUUGGCAAGCUGAAGGAUACAGAGCUCUAUGCUCCUAUUUUGACGUCCAAAUUGCUUGCCUCAGUCCAGGCAGGUGUUUGGGCAGGUUUCUUGCACUCUUUGUGAGUGGAAAAGCAUGAGAGAAGACAAAGUGGACAAGCAAAAACUUAAAUUGCAAAAUGACAAUCACGCUUUUCUCUCAGGAGAGAAAAUGAGGAGAAAUUGUUAAAGAGAAGAGAGAAAAACAAUUGAGUGAGCUGUAAAACAGAAACAGAACUCGAAUCAUGGACGAAUGCUUUGCCUUUCUUUACAGCUCAACUUUUUUUUUAUGUUGUCUUUUUUUUUUCAGAGAAUGUGUCCUGAGACUUGCAGCACUAUUAAUAUAUUGUGAGGUUUUUCUGUCUGUUUAUUGCAACCUUUAAAGAAGGAUUUUUUUUUUUUUUACUAUUAUUAGUUUCAGCUGAAAUGUGAAAAGGAAUUAGCUUGUUCUUGUUCACCUCAAAUCAAAAUCCAGGAUUACCAGUGGUUGUAGCAUGAGGGAGGUGUGAACAGAAUGUUGUACUAAGACUGAAUUGGAUGUUACAGCAAGUGCAUUAUUGUAUAUAUUUGGCUUGAACUGCCAAAUUAAGUACAACCACAGUGUUUGCCUACACGAUAAACCAGGUGAAUGAAGACACACAAUGGAAUGAAACUUCUGGAAUGGUUUAGAUGACUCCGCCUACGUUCUCAAGCCAAAUUAAUAUUCAUGAACAGCUUUCUUCAAGGACUACGAGUAGCUGAGUUGUAUGUUAAUUAGUCCAGCUUAAAUGACCAAUCAGGCUGAUGAAAAACAGGUAAGACUACACCAAAAAGAUUGAUAUUUCUAAUUUUCAGGGUUCCCACAGUCAUAAAAAACCUGGAAAUAUCAGGGUAUUUUCAAAGAGUGAUUUCCAGGUUUAGAAAUGUCAUGGAAAUUGAUAAAAUAAUAAAGGUCAUGGAAAAGUCAUGGCCAUUUCUAUAGUGAAUAUACAUUUUUUAUUUUUGGUCAGCUCUAAAAAUAUCUCAUCAGCUAGAUUUUGCUUUUGUAUAGAGUCAAAUUUGCUCACAAGCCAUUGUGAUGUCCGAUUGGUGAGCAAAACAUUUUUUGGGAGUUGAUUCUUGUCAAUGAAUAGGUCAAAAAGGUUCACAAAUCUGUCUGAAUGAUUCAUUAGCGAAUCGGUCUUAAUCAAAAUUAUUUUUAAAAAUCUGUAUCCAGUAAUCAUAAACGCCUAGAAAAGGUCAUGGAAUUUUAUUGGUGAAAAAAGGAUGGGAACCCUGAAUUGUUACUGUUUAAAUAACAUAAAAACUCUCAACUAACAGGUUAUAUCUCUCGUUCAUCUCUUUCAGUAUGGGCUUUGCAACUCUUUAAAGGUAUAGUUCAUCCAAAAAUGAAAAUUCUUUCAUUAUUUCCUCACCCUCAUGCCAUCCCAGAUGUGUAUGACUUUCUUUCUUCUGUAGAACACUAAUGAAGAUAUUUAGAAGAAUAUUUCAGCUCUGUAGGUCCAUACAAUGCAAGUAAAUGGUUACCAAAAUUUUAAGCUCCAAAAAGCAAAUAAAGCAGCUUAAAAGUAAUCCAUAAGACUCCAGUUUUUGACUUCUGAAGUGAUACAAUCGGUGUUGGGUGAAAACAGACCAAACUGUAUCUCCUUUUUUACUAUACAUCUUGACAUCUGCAGUUUCCUUGGCGAACAUGGUUUCAAACUCAAUUACACUUCCUAGUGCCAUCUAACACUCUUGCGCAUGCGUCAAGCACUAGAAAGUGUAAUCAAGCUUAAAAUCAUGAUCGUGCCUAGAGACUGCAAUGGCAAGAUGUACAGUAAAAAAUGUGUAACAUUUUGGUCUGGUCACACAAAAUCGAUUGGAUCGCUUCAGGAGACAUGGAUUAAAACACUUGAGCCAUAUGGAAUGCUUUUACGCUACCUUUAUGUGUUUUUGGGGGCUUCAAAGUUUUGGUCACCAUUCACUUGCAUUGUAUAGACCUACAGAGCUAUAUAUUCUUCUAAAAAUCUUUGUUUGUAUUCUGCAGAAGAAAUAAGAUCAUACACAACAUGGAUAGUAUGAGAGUGAGUUAACAAUGAGAGACUAAACACAAAACAAGGCGAAAACAGAAAGCCGAGGACAUUUAAUUCCAUUGACCAUGAUUGUGAAGACAAAUGAAGGAGAUAAAGAUUUUUCAUGACCCUGCGGGUGAAGAGGCACUUCGUUGGUCAUCACCAGGCCCAUAUUCUGUUGCAUGAUGUUCUGCUAAAUAUAUUGUAUAAGUUUCAACAAUACAACAAUAGUCUCAUACUAUAUAUUAAAAAAAAGAAGACAAGUUUCUUUACCUGUGCCUCUUCACCAUGGGUGAAGCCAAAGCAGACUGCAGACAUGUCCCUUCUCUUUCUCUUUUUUAUCCUUCUCUUUUUUAUAUUCUGGAGUUUGUCCAUUGCACAGAACUAAAGUGUUGUUGUCUGAAAUCUUUGUUACUACUAAUCUUGUUUUGGUGGAAUGCUAUUCUUUGUGGCAUGAUAGCUUUACAGUUUUCUCAAGCAGCUUUCCAUUCUGCAAUUAACUCUGUUCUAGUCUAUGAUCGAAUCUGUGCUGCACAGCAUAAAAGGGAAGUUUACACUGGUUAGAAAAGAUCUUUGUACUAAAAGGUAUGUUCAAAAAAACAGAACCCUUUCUGCAAGGACUUCUCAGGGUGGACUUCUGACUCUUGAAAUCUUGAAAUUCUUAAUUUCACUCAUUGCUUUGAUAAGCCUGUUUAAUGACCUAAAGUCAGACUUAAUAAUGACAAUUUCAGUGAGAUAACCAGAAUGUGUUGUAUAUGCUUGUUAGCAUCAUGCAUGGCUUUUUUUGUACUGACUUGAACCUGCUUCCCAGUAUUUCCUUUCCUUUGAAAAAUAAAUAAAUAGAAAUACAAUCUCAGUUCAUUUCAUCUCACAUGGCUUUAAAUCUGCUGUUUCUUUGUGGUUGCUGUUUUAAUUUUUGUUUUAUAAUUUUUUAUUUUCUUGCAUUUAAAAAAAAAUAAAUGUUUUUUUAAAGUAAUUAUGUUAAGUAAUUUAUUUUGCUUGUACAAAAAGUUGAUAUUUAUUAUCAUUGUACAUAUGCCCUUAUUUUUUAUAUAUGUAUAUAUCUACAGAAAAUAAAGAAGAGACCAGUUCACAAUG